UAGUAAACGGAAAGCGAAGAAACGAAAUUUCAUGAAAUGAGCAUCACAAGUCUUGAUAUCUUUUUUAUUGCGCGUCGGUACAGUUGAAUUCCUUAGGAUGGAUUGGGAAAGCAAGUUUUCUUCCAUUGUACGUGAAACUGAGACGAAUUUAGCAAGAGUUAGGGAUCGCUUAGGUUCUGGUAGAGGCAAACCAAAAGCAUUCCCCGACAGGUCAAGUGGAAACCAUUUUGGCGGCAAUCUUCACUCUCAGGCCACCAGAAGUCCAUUUCAAUCCUCUGUGGCAUGGGACUUACCAAGCAGCUUAUACAGUCCUGUGAAAACAGUUGGCAUGGCAACCAGUGUUCCAUCCAGUCAGGCAUCACCUGCUUUGGUGAAUGCAUUGUUUGAAAGGGUUGAGGAACAAACUGAGAUGGUGAAUCAGCUGAGUGAUGCAGUUAAAAAGCUUCUGAAAGAAAAAGAUGUACAUGCUGCAGAAAUCAAGAAAAUGAAAGAUGAAAUAAACAGACUGAAUGAUAGGCUCAGAGAAAGAGGAGUGGACCUUGAAACAGAAAGAAAACUAGAACAAUUUAAACGUGAUGUAUUCAGUCAGUUGGAUAUGGUACGAAACCAAACUAAGCUGAGCCCAGAUGCUGCUGGAAACAAUUCUCGUUAUAGUAAUGACUCAGUGGUCAUGAAUGAGGCGAAAAGAAUUAUUGAAGAAGAAACAGAGUCUUUACAAAGGAAUAUUGAGCACCUUAAAACAAGACUGGGUAAAAUGGAGCUUGAGCUACACUCUACAGUUGCUGAUUCCAGAGACGUUCUUUAUAAACAAGAGAGGUUGGACAAAGCUUUGUCAUCACUGUCUGAGAAUCAGCGCUCACAAUCAAGAAGCCUAAGCAGCAUUGUUGAUGAGAGACAAUCUGACUCAUAUGAGAUACAGCAACUUAAACACCUUGUAAACAAAGUGAGCAAUCAAUAUUCUGAACUAGAAACAGAACUUCAGUCCAGCAUCAGGCAAUCGGGAGUUUCAAGUAGCAACUCUUCUCUGAGACAGGUUCGACCACGCUCAACCAACCAAACCACAAUGACCAAUGGUGCCUCCAAACCAAAGAAAAAAGCUGUCAAACAGAAAUCUAAGGGAGUUUCAGAUGAUCUUGUCUUAUCAAGUAGUAGUGAUAGUGAUCUAAGUUUGACAACACUUGAUGCCAGCAGCCCCAGUGAUACAGACCUUACCUCCCUGCAGCUUGACAGAUCAUAUGCAGGUACAGUACCUAGAGGAGGGUCUGGAAUUGGAAUAGGAAACAUUUCUAGUUCAUCACUGAGUUCCCUAGAUUCUGAUGAUCUGCUUAAAUAACUGUCACAUUGAGAUCAAAAGGAAUAUUAUGUGAUAUAAUAUUUACAAUGCUCUCUCCAGUGACACAACUAAUUGCACUGUUUUUAUUUGUUGUAUGCAUAAAGUGUUAGCAAAGCAACAGAUUGCAGGCAAAAAGACCCAUUAAUUGUAAUAUGAAUGAGACAAG